AUGUCUUCAGAAAAAUGGAAGACUUCUUAUGAUGUUAAUCGCCAAUAUAAAAAGAUAUGGCAGCAAAAGUUUUUAUGGCUUCAAAUGGUUGAAGAUGGUACCCAUAGAGCAUAUUGUAAAUGGUGUCACUGUAUUAUGAAGCCCAAAAUGACCAAUCUUGUCAAACAUAACAAAUCUUUGAAACGCAAACAAAGUACUCCGUUAAUUGAGAGUUUUACCGAUAUAAAUUUAGCAGAAGAUAUAAAAAAAGCUGAACUACGCAUCGCUUUAACUAUGACUUGCCACUGUGCUGUGCGUACUGUUGACCACUUAAAUGAAGUUUUUGUUGUUUAUGGACGUGGAAGUUUACUUGAACAUGUAAAAAUCCAUAGAACUAAGUGUAUGGGAUUGAUAAAAAAUGUUAUUUCUCCUUCAUUGAGAGAUGAUGUUGUUGAGGACUUUAAAAACAAAAAAUAUGCCUUAAUAAUAGAUGAGUCUACUGACAUUUCAGCAAACAAACAUUUGUGCAUUUUAGCUCGUUUUUUUAGUGUUUUAAAAAAUGAAAUUGUGACAAAAUUUAUGGGAUUAAUUCUAGUCCAUGAGACUACAGGAGAAAAUAUAUUUCACUUGCUUGAUCAAGAAAUAAAAAAAUGUGGUCAGAGUCUUACUAAUUGUAUUGGAUUUGCUACAGAUGGUGCAUCAAACAUGACAGGAUGUAAUAAUUCUGUUUGGACAAGAAUUAAAGAAGUUUCACCUAACUGUGUUCAGCUUAAGUGCAUCUGUCAUUCAUUAGCAUUGUGCAUUGAACACCCAGUGUCUAAAUUGCCUUCAAAUAUUGCAUUUUUAUUGUCAGAAAUACCCCAUUGGUUUUGUAAUAGCUCAUUAAGACGUGAAAAUUACAUCGAUUUGUUUAAUGUAAUAAAUGCUGCUACGGAAUCUGAGACAGCUCGAUAUGCCCCUUUACCAUUUGAAAAAUCUUCUUUUACACGGUGGCUUGCUCGUGGAAAAGAAUUUGAAAGAAUGAAUAGUCUCUUUCAGCAAACAAAAGCUGAUCCGUAUGAACUUUACAAACAAAUGAAUUUGUUUCAAAUGAGCCUUAAUCAUAGAAUUUAUGAUUUUAACAGCAAUAAGAAGAGUAUAUAUAAGGUUGACUUUGGUGCUAAAUUUAUAAAAGAAUGUGACUCUUAUUUACAAAAUUGCAAUCAUAGCAUUGACUCUAUUAAGAAAAUUCAAAAUUUAAAAGAAAGAUGCUUGUGCGUGUUAGAUGAAGCUUAUACUCAAGUAACAUCUAGACUACCAUCAUCAAUGGAGACAUUUAAAAAUUUAUCGACCUUGAAUCCAGAUAUUAUUUUAAGUAAAGAAUCAAGACCCGAUAUUUCUGAACUGCCAUUUUUACACCUAUUAAAAGAUGACUUGGGCUUAAUAGAAGAACAGUAUCGAAAAAUUCUAUUUGUAGAUUGGAAAGAAGAAGAACCAUUUAAAACAGGUGGUUUUCCAACUGAUACUGAGCAGUUUUGGCUAGGUGUUCUCCAGCAUAACACUUUUAAAAACCUUGCAAACUAUGCCUUAACUUGUUUGAUAACACCUGUUAGCAAUGCUGUUGUUGAGAGGAUAUUCUCCCUUGUAUCUGCCACUAAAACAAAAGCCAGAAAUAGAAUUUCAAUAAAUAUGUUAGAUGCUGUAGUAAGAAUAAGAUCGGAACUAAUUUUAUCUGGAAAGUGCUGUCAAGAUUUCACUAUAUCAAAAAAAAUGCUGACUAAUUUUAGUUCGGAUAUAGUAUACAAAUCCAAUAUUGGAGACUCAUCAUUUUCAGAAAAUAUUGAUGACUUUGAAGUUGAUAUAUAG